GGUAUUUCUCCAGAACGCCGCGAGACCACCGACUCCACGACCGGGCGCAGUGACCGCCGACCGACGCCCACAGCGUCAGGAUGGUGACCCCCGAGGCCGUGAUGGCGGUUGUGAGGGCCGCGCGCCCCGUCUUCAUUUCCGCCCACGAAGGCAUCGCGUUCGCUGCAAACGCCGCGUUCCUCGCCGACGGAUACUCCCUCUGCGCCGCCGGUCCUGCCGCGCUCAUGGAUCGUCUGCCCGCAGACGAGGUGGAGAUGGGAUUUGAGGGUUGGAACAGUAUGUACAACUGUUAUGCCUUUUUGUACUCCAAGGAGGAGGAGGGCAAGAAGAAGUGCAUCUUAAUGGAAUGUCUAGGGAUUGCUGACUUCCUUGCUAUUAAUGCGCAGGAUCUUGAGGCACAACACAAGAAACCCUGCAAUGUCCACAUAAAUGUGAAGGAUUUCUUCUCUGAAGAACAGACCAGGAAUUAUAAAGAUUUGUACAAGAAUUUUACGGACUUCAUUAAUAUCCUGAACUUAAGCUUAUUGGCUGAAUUGAAUGGUAAGGAUGCUGCUGCCGCCCAGAAUCCUAAUGUUGAGAGCAGUUCGUCAAUAAACAGUUCUGGAAAUGUUACGUUCCAAAACCCAAGUACAAGGAUAACUGAACCAGCCGGUUCUGAAUAUGUUCUGUGGGAAAACCCGUUUACAAGGAUGAUUGAACCUGCCCGGCUGAUUUAUCCUCCAGUAGUUCCGGUUGGUCAUGAUGACACCUUCCCUGUUCCUGAUGUUGGCUUCUACCCUCACAGUGGUGGGACAGGUGGUAGUAUGCACGUUGGUCCAAAUGAUCCACGCUUCUUUCCUAUAAAUCCUUCUACUCCUUUUGGUGACCUUGGGAGUGUUCCGCCCGGUGGUCGCUACGAUCCAAUUGGCCCGCCCGAUGUUCCAGGAUUUGAACCAUCUCGCUUUGUGAGGUAAGUUAGCUUUUCUUAACAUUUUUUGUAGACCCACUUUAUGCUUGGCAACCGGUAAGGCUCAAGAUGGCCUGUUAUUGUACCUGACACCACCGCUUUAGAAAGGUUUGUCGUCUCAAGUAAGAAACAAACCGUUCUUAUAGUUCAUUUUUUUCGCGCUGAUUGCUAACUCACAUCCACUGCAACAUCUAGCACAAUACAAAUUUCUAUAUAUUCUUGCGUCACGGAAGUCAUUGAACACAGUUCACUAACAUAUAAUCGAAACAACUAUGCUUAUUCCUAGU